AAAUAUGGAAGCCAAAAUUAUUUCAUGAAGGCUUUUUCCCUCGAAUCUCCACCACAAUUCUUCUCCUUAAACCCUAAGAAAUUCCUUCAUACGCCAUCGUGUGAUCACACAAUGUCUCGUUUCCGACGCCCAAAUGACGACGAUGAGGAGGAGGAAGAAGAUGACGACGACGACUUCCAAAACGACAUGGAGGCUCUCAGGCAAGCUUGCUUACUAACUGGCACUAACCUCACCAAUAUCUCUCCUUCCGCCGCUGUCUCCGACGGAAGCGGUGAAGCAGAUGGAAAUUCCUGUGGUGGCGCCUCCGUUUCGGAUUCGGGGAGCGAGGAUGACUUUGAAUUGUUUCGGAGCGUCCAGAAUCGGUUUGCGACAUCGGCGAAUUCACUCGAGCCGUUAUCUUUAAAACCUCUUUGUGCGCUUCCGCCGGUUUCAGAUGACGAGGAGGAUGAUUUCGAAACACUCUGUGCUGUUAAACGCCGUUUUGCCGCCUAUGAUAACAAUAACAAUCAAGAAAAAUUGAAAACUGAAAUGGAGAAAUCUGAGGUUGGAGUUUCGGAUAAUUCAUUAGCUGAAAGAAAUACUGCUUGUGAAGUGUUACCUGUUACUGAACAAGAUGAUAAUGCUGCGAAUUUGCUUGGUGAUAAUGUGGAGAUAGGGAAUUCUGCUUCUGCUGAGGAGAAUGAAUUGGAUAGUGGUAGAUUAUCUACGUUGGAGUUGGACUACUCUAGUUUUCCGAAGUCGGCUCAGGUGUUUAUUGAUGCAAUUAAGAGGAAUAGGUCGUGUCAGAAGUUUAUUCAAAAUAAGUUAAUUCAGAUUGAAGCAAGAAUUGAGGAGAAUAAUAAAUUGAAGGACAAGGUGAAAAUUUUGAAAGAUUUUCAGUUUUCGUGUAGAAAAAUUACGGGAAUGGCGUUGUCCUUGAGGAAGGAUCCACGGAUCCAAUUAGUGUCAGCACGAAAGACAUCAAAUUCUAAGCAUCCGAAGGUUAAUGGUAAAAAGGUCUCUCCUUUGCAAGAUGGGCCAGUGGAGAACUCGCAUGUUGCUAAUUAUAGAACAGCAUUGACUAAUUUUCCACUCUCACUGAAUCGUAAAAAGUGGACAGAGACAGAGAAGGAAAAUCUUGGAAAGGGAAUAAGACAACAAUUCCAAGAAAUAAUGCUUCAGUUUUCCAUGGAUCAAUUCAGUAGUUCAGAAGGAUCUCCUGAAGAUGGAAAAAAUUUGGAUAGCAUUCUAGUAUCAAUCAGAGAUCUUGAAAUUACCCCAGAAAAGAUUAGAGAGUUUCUUCCAAGGGUUAAUUGGGAUCAGUUGGCUUCCUCGUAUGUUGCAGGUCGCUCUGGUGCAGAGUGUGAAGCACGGUGGCUGAAUUUCGAAGAUCUGUUGAUAAAUCAAAGUCCAUGGACCAUCAAAGAGGAUAAGAAUCUCUUGUUAAAUGUCCAGGAGAAGGGGGUCACUAACUGGUUUGAUAUUGCAGUAUCAUUGGGAACGAAUAGGACUCCAUCUCAGUGUCUAUCUCGCUUCCAGAGGAGUUUAAAUGCGCGCAUAUUGAAGAGGGAGUGGACCAAGGAGGAGGAUGCUCAACUUCGCAUUGCUGUAGAAACUUAUGGUGAAAGAGAUUGGCAGUCUGUGGCUUGUACUUUGGAAGGACGAGCUGGUACUCAAUGCUCUAACAGAUGGAAGAAAACCCUUCAUCCUGCCAUACGAAGGGUUGGGAGGUGGACUCUGGAUGAAGACAAACGCCUGAAAGUAGCUGUAAAGCUUUUUGGUCCAAAGAAAUGGGACAAAAUAGCUCAAUUUGUGCCAGGUAGAACUCAAGUGCAGUGUAGAGAAAGAUGGGUUAAUUGUUUAGAUCCUUCUAUGAAUCGGGAUGAAUGGACUGAAGAAGAGGAUUUGAGGUUAAAAGCAGCAAUUGAAGAAUGUGGAUAUUGCUGGUCUAAGGUUGCUGAACGUCUCCCACAAAGAACUGAUAAUCAGUGUUUGAGGAGAUGGAAGGUGUUGGUUCCACAUGAAGUGCCUUUGUUACAGGCGGCUAGGAGGAUGCAGAAAGCUGCUCUUAUAAGCAACUUUGUAGAUCGUGAGUCAGAGCGGCCAGCACUUGGCCCAAAUGAUUUUGUUCCACUGGCAAUUACGGGACCAGUAUCUGAUCCUGAAAAGAUGGAUCAAUCUAGGAAACGUAAGAGAAAGUUAAGGAGGGAAGAAUCUCAGAUGGAAAAAGUUGCUGCACCUGGUAAUGCUUCAAAGAAGAUUAGAUCAAACAGGAGUAGGAAAAAGGUGCAAAUUUCUUCCAAGGAAGUGCCAGAGAUACCUGAUGGCACUCAGGUUGGCAACUUAGGUGGAAGUCGUUCUGUUGUGACUGAGACAACAAUGGAAUACUGUUCAGAAAAUAACAGACAUGCUGAACGAGGUCAAGAUCAUCCAUCAUCUAAUUCUAAUUUGACACCAUUAAUGACAACCAGCUUUCAAGGGGUUGAUUCCGGUCAGAACCAGCAGCUUCCUGACUUGCAUCCUAAGGGACGUAAGCCUGUGGACAGAGAUGGAAACAGCAAGAGUCUUCUCCUGUCACCCCCUGAAAACUUGGAUGCUGGAAUAAUAAAUGGUGACGUUUCUCAGACCUUUCACCCGAACAGUACCACAUCAAGUAAGAAAAGAAGAGCUCAUAAGCAGCAUUCUAGGAAGAACAUAUGUGCUAAAUCAAGUGAAGGGAGUUCUGUGUUAUCAGAAACUACUAUUGAUGCUAGUGCGUUGGUUAAUGAUUAUCUGGAUUCAAAUUUAGUGACAACCAAUGAAGAGGACAACAUACUUGGUCAGCGUGAUGCUCCUGGCAAGAAGAGGGUACCCAAACUACAUUCAGAGAGUUCAGAAUGGACAGGUAGCCUUGACUGUCUGCUGCCGCCCCAUGAGAAUUCAGAAUUAAGAGUAACUAGUACUGAAAUCAUGAACAAAUCCUCUUUAUUUGGGACCCCUACAAAUGAGAAGAGGAAGGCUUUUAAGCUUCCAUGCAGGAGGAAAAUAAGAAAUGAAGAACCAUCAAGGAAAGACCAAUGUUUUGCUGCUGUUCCUUGUCAGCAGGAUACCAGCAAAAAAUCAAAAGCCAGAGGCAAAUCUUGUUCUAAGAAGGUUUUAGAAACGAAAAAUGAAGAUGACGUUGUGCUUGCCUCCUUCCUUAGGGAUAAAUCAAAGAAGAAAAGACUUAAAGUUGCACAAAAUGCUGAUCAGGCUUGCUCAUCCUCCAGUAUGAUAACGAGGCCUGAGGUGCUCUCCAGAGUAGAUCAACCUAGCAAUGGUAAUAAAUUGUCCUCUGCUGUGCGCAAUAGUGAAGGACAGACAUGCUCCCAUGGCAGAAGUUCAGAGAACGGUUUAUCAUGUGAUAUGUACGCACAUCAAUCAAAUCAUAUGCAGACAGAGCGCUGUGAGUUAGAUGUGAACAAUCGUGGCAUAUUCGCUCCCAUGGAAGGAGUGAGAGAACCAGGAAGCAUCGACCAGGAAGCUGUUCUUGAGCCCGGUGACAUUUCUCCUGCUGGAAGUGGUUCUAGGGUUAACACCCACUCCCAUUCAAGAAAGGGGCCGCAGCUGCAUUCCAAAGGGGCAGAACAACCGCGCAAUGAUACAGGUCCAGACAAGUUGUCAUGUUCUGUAAAGAACUCAAUUGGAUCAAGUAGCAAGCCAACUAUCAUAGGCAAUGACAUUGAGCCAGGUGGACGGUCCAGCCACUCUCCAUCAGCCAGUGGGGAAGCCUUAAAGUACUAUAAAAGACGUUCAAAACGCUGAUCAUGAACGGAGAGCUUACAUCUCCAGGGUUAGAGAAAUCUGUAAAUAGGAACGUUUUGUGCAGUGCGGAAAAGAAACGAAGAAGGAAUUCUGGUGGAGGCGGGGCUUUGCUUGGAGACUGAGUACACUGAAUUUUGUAGUAUACAAUUGAAUGUGAUUGUUACUUCUGCGGAAACUAACACAUUAAAAGUUUUGAAAACGGAGCAAUUUUAUUUUA